CAUCUUCUCCACCCUCUUACCCCCUUCCUCUCUUCCCAUCUUAUCACUGUCUUCUCCACCCUCUUACCCCCUUCCUCUCUUCCCAUCCUAUCACUGUCUUCUCCACCUUCUUACCCCCUUCCUCUCUUCCCAUCCUAUCACUGCCUUCUCCACCCUCUUACCCCCUUCCUCUCUUCCCAUCCUAUCACUGUCUUCUCCACCCUCUUACCCCCUUCCUCUCUUCCCAUCCUAUCACUGUCUUCUCCACCCUCUUACCCCCUUCCUCUCUUCCCAUCCUAUCACUGUCUUCUCCACCCUCUUACCCCCUUCCUCUCUUCCCAUCCUAUCACUGUCUUCUCCACCCUCUUACCCCCUUCCUCUCUUCCCAUCCUAUCACUGUCUUCUCCCCCCUCUUACCCCCUUCCUCUCUUCCCCAUCCUAUCACUGUCUUCUCCACCCUCUUACCCCCUUCCUCUCUUCCCAUCCUAUCACUGUCUUCUCCACCCUCUUACCCCCUUCCUCUCUUCCCAUCCUAUCACUGUCUUCACACUCUUACCCCCUUCCUCUCUUCCCAUCCUAUCACUGUCUUCUCCACCCUCUUACCCCCUUCCUCUCUUCCCAUCCUAUCACUGUCUUCUCCACCCUCUUACCCCCUUCCUCUCUUCCCAUCCUAUCACUGUCUUCUCCACCCUCUUACCCCUUCCUCUCUUCCCAUCCUAUCACUGUCUUCUCCACCCUCUUACCCCCUUCCUCUCUUCCCAUCCUAUCACUGUCUUCUCCACCCUCUUACCCCCUUCCUCUCUUCCCAUCCUAUCACUGUCUUCUCCACCCUCUUACCCCCUUCCUCUCUUCCCCAUCCUAUCACUGUCUUCUCCACCCUCUUACCCCUUCCUCUCUUCCCCAUCCUAUCACUGUCUUCUCCACCCUCUUACCCCCUUCCUCUCUUCCCAUCCUAUCACUGUCUUCUCCACCCUCUUACCCCCUUCCUCUCUUCCCCAUCCUAUCACUGUCUUCUCCACCCUCUUACCCCUUCCUCUCUUCCCAUCCUAUCACUGUCUUCUCCACCCUCUUACCCCCUUCCUCUCUUCCCAUCCUAUCACUGUCUUCUCCACCCUCUUACCCCCUUCCUCUCUUCCCAUCCUAUCACUGUCUUCUGCACCCUCUAAUCCCUUUCUUCUCUUCACUAUACCUCCAUCGUCUUCUCUAAUCUAUUGUCCUCUCUAUUCUUCUCCAUCCCAUUCUCCAACCUCUUGCCCCCUUCCCUCCACCCCUAUCCUGUCCUCAUUAUCUGUCAGUCACAUCCCACCUGGGUGCAUCGUACGCACCGUGACUCGGGUAGCUGCUAGCCUGGACAAAGGGCUGCGGUAUCCUGUUUACAAGCUUUGCCAAGUUCAGUGCAUUGUAUCCAUCCCGAUCCAAUGUCAGAGGAUCUUAGCAGGGAUAUUUCCCUAA